GGAUCAAUCUCCUUUUUUUUCUAUUACCUCACCCUACAGGUUCGCGCGAACUACUUAUAAGAUGGAGCUUCAUCAUAGAGAACCCAUCAUCGGUCGACCCUCGGCUCAUCUGUUCCGUCAUCUCAUCUAUCGACAGGACGAUCGCAAAAACCUCCACGUGCUGCAUAACACUAUAAAAUGCCGAGCAAAAAAGAGAUGCAACAGGCCUACCGAUCUAAAGAGACGCAAGGGUUCCAGGACCUUCAUUGUGCAUUGCAGACCGUCGAUCCACACUCGCCUAUCCAGAGAGACGUUGCACGAUACCAGCUUCUGAGUAUGGGUAAGCGACAGAGACCAUACACGCGGAUUUCAAUCACUGAUGCGUAUGUAUAUGUACGCUUAGCUGCAAAGCGACUCAGGGAGUUGGCCCACGAAAAGCAGCUUCUUUCACAAGAGCUUAGUUUGCGCCGACAAAGUCAAAGUCCCCGACCACCACACAUGUAUGCUCCCAAUGAGCUCCUAUGUUCACCUGACCAAGUGUUUCCAUUGUGGACUCUAUGUACGACGAUGGCUACGUGCCUUACACUCCGGAAAUGCGAACUGUCACAUUCAAUACCAACGCAAAUGUACAUCCUGCGUACUAUGGCGCACCGUAUUACACAGGGGGAAGGGUUUGAGGAGGUACUCUCAAGUAGAAAGGAGUCCAUUGCCGCUUGUGCUAUUUCAUGCAUGUAUCCUGCGGAUGAGGCUUGUAAAAAAAACAAAACAAUUUACACUAGAGAUUCUAUAAUAUUCGUAAUACUAAAUAUUGCUUUAUUGGUGCGAGUCUUUAACCGAAAAGGUGGUCCGGGUGGAAUGUUGACGGAAGCCGUGCUGGCAGUAUGUAACCGGACGAGCGCGAUAUGUAGGUUAGACGCCGCAAGAGGUUCACCAAAAGCGGUCUAAAAUCGCUAAGGCAGAUACGAAUCAAUUGAUGUUGAUAAGAAGAGAACAUGGAAGACAGGCCAGCUUUGCGCCCAACGGUAUAUCUAGAUAGUCGGGAAGGACGUUACCGACAACCGGCUGCGGUCUAU